UUCGUUUUGCCAGGCGUUAUGACAAUUUCAAGGGUAAUUUAAGAGGACUUCUCAAGACUAUCAGCAACACAAUGGCACAAUCUGCUUUAAGUGAAAUUUCGCGAUUGAAAAUUCCCGUCAAUAAAGGUGAUACGCCUUUUUUAAGCUGGGAAAAUUCUAUUUUAACCUUGAUUUCAGAAAAAACUGUUACCAUUUUCAAGUUCACGCACAAUGUUCAAUGCGUGGAUAAGAAAAUUGAUUGGAUUAUAACUGAUAUCCCGUGCCCAAAGACAAGCCCGGCCACAAGCUUGUUUUCCAAGAAAAUAAUGAAGCAAAGUAACAUUAAGAACAUAGACUAUAUACAAAUGAUGCUGGACCCGGCAUUGUGGCCCCACAACGUCCAACUGAUGGAGGAGAUGGCUAGCGUGGUGUCCGUUCAGUGGUCACCACCUAAUUUUGUGCAUAACAAUGAAAGUGUUAUUGCAAUUUUGAAUAAUGUUGGGAAUAUUGAGCUUUUUGCACCUGCCAGCUGUGGUUACUCUAGUCUUCUCAAUAUUUCAUCUAUAAUUGAGAAACAAUAUAUAGAUACUUUUGAGGGAAACAUACCUCACAAGGUGGAAGAAGUGAAAAAAAUUGCAGAUGCAUUAGAAACAUGUGCUUGUUGUUGGGGCGCUCAAUAUAAUGACACAUUUAAUUUUGUGACUGCACAGAAAAAUGGUGAUAUUCAUUUCUGGAAACUUAAAAGCGCUGGUGAUGAAAUAAGUAUUGAAAACUUAACAGUGGAACAUAGUGAUGCUGAAAUUGUAACUAUGCAAUGGAUUCCAAUAUCAAAUGAUGUAUUUCUAUUAGUAUCAGCAAAUAUAUUUGGGCAAUUGUAUGUUUACAAAUAUCAGUGGGAGAAUAAUUGUCCUAAAUUACUUAACUGUGACUCCCCGUGGCCGCAUAAGGACAGAAUGGUUGUAAGGCACCUCAAAUACAGAGUUGUUGAUGACAAAAUAAUGUUAAUCUGCAAUAAACAUAGACAUUUACUUAUCCUUCUAAUAGAUGAUACUUGUCAUAAAGUUUCAGAGUAUUUAAACAACCUAAAUGAUUAUAAAAUUACAGUUAUAUCUGAAAGUAACAAACAUUUCUACAUCGGUACAAUAAACUGUUCAAUAUACAAAGUUGAUGUCAUACUUACGGACGGAACAUUAAAUGUGAAUGUGGAAGAGAAAACAUUUAAAGAAAAUUUAGUUAAUCAUGAUUUAUGCGGACUUGGUUUUUCCAAAAACGGUGUUAUAUGUGCUUUAGCUGUUUUUAACAGAAAGAUAAUGUUUAGAAAAGAAAAUGUUGCGCUAGAUGUCAUUUUCCUUUGUGAAGAAGAACGAUACGGAAGAGAAUUGACUUUACUUCUUGAAAACCCAACAGAAAAGUUGACCGAUUAUUGGGAUUGCUUGGAACUACUAAGAUGUAAAGCCUUGAGACUAAAAACACUACCUACGGUAGACUAUAGUGAACUUUACUUUAAUCACAAUAUCUAUGGGAAUAAGUUGUAUUUAAUUAUUUUGAAUUAUUACCAUACUUUAGAAAACCUUCUUAAGAAUAACUCUAGCGGCUGUCUUCCAGAGACUUCUCUAGAGGUAACAAAGGAGUGGAUUUUUGCUUUUCAUGCAAAGAAUAUAAUUUCAGAAUUUGCAGAUAUUUGCAGAAAAAAACAGAACAGCGAAGUGUUGACCGAUUUAGAUACUCAAACAUACUCAUGUGCCAAGAAAUAUAUCAAGUAUUAUUGUGAGAAGUAUAAGAAAAACCUUGCCGAGCUGGUGCCUUCAGGUUUUGAUAAUGUUAAUGACAAUUUUGAGUACACCUGCCAAUGUUGUGACGAGACCCUUAAAGGGUUCUCAUGUACCAAAGGUCAUAUAAAUAUGUUUUGUGGCUUGACUCUGACUCCGAUAGAAUCCAGGGACUACCUUAGCUGUUCUGCAUGUGGUCUUAUAGCGAGGAAGGAACUGGAACCAGAAAAUCCUAUCUGUCUGUUUUGUGACCUACAUUUAAAUACAUAUUUUUUACCAACUUAAUACACAUAAAAUUUGUAA